AUGGAGAAAGAAGAGUUGCUGUGGUUAACUCGGUCAAAGAUAGCGAGCAGCCAAAGCGUGAGUGUGUUGUGGAGGGAGAAGUAUGAAAGGCAGAGAACGAAACAGCCGGCAGGCUUAUAUACUAACGUCAGAAGUUAUGCCUUCACGAUGAGGACCCUACUUGCUACUCGCCGCUUUUUGGCUUGUUAUGACUUCUACGGGAUGAAGGAGAUGGGACGUCAGAACCUGGUGGCUGUGCUUCCCUUCAGCGUCAUCUGCGGCAUUUUGAAGCCGCCGAUUUUGCCAGGAGAACUACAAAUAGGUGUGCGAGUAACUUGGUCCGUUCUUCUGUCCGGCUGGGUCGCUAGAAAUUCUGGCCUUUUCUGGGGUAAAUCAGGGCAUGGUUCCUUGGGUGCAAGAACGAAGUAUACAACUAUGCGGCUUAGGCCCGGUAUUCUGGCCGAUAUGAUACAUUCGGUGCGGAAAAUUCAGCCUGUUGACAUCGAUCUAGACGGCCAUAGGCAGAAGCUUGAGCAUGUGGAAAUAAGGAAGUAUAGAAUGGCUGCUUUGAGAAAUUGCUCAUGGUAUUGUGGUGAUACCGGGAUGUAUUAA